AUGCGGUGGUCAUUAACACGGCCACUCGCGGCCCUAGCGUCGCUCGCCGCCCUCGCCUCUCCCGUGCUUGGCGAGCAGAUCCUCCAGUCCAACUCCCUUAACGCGUGCCAGGAAAACUCGGGAUUCACGGCCAGUCUGUUCAAGGUCGUCUUCACACCCAACAACAACACGGCCAAUGUUGACAUUGUGGCCGUCUCGUCGGUGGAGGGCAGCGUCAUCUUUGACGUUGCCAUUUCUGCCUAUGGCUACCAGAUCGCCAGGAAGCAGGUCGACCCUUGCGACGCCGGUCUGGCCGGUCUCUGCCCCAUGACGUCCGGCAAGAUCCCUCUCAACUUCAACAUCAAGGUUGGCAGUGACGCCAUUGGCCAGGUGCCCUCGAUUGCUUACACCUUCCCGGAUCUGGACGCCAAGGUGAAGGUGUUCAUCAACAUGACGGAUGGUCCAGACAUCGGCAAGAGUGUAGCUUGCGUCGAGGCCGACAUCUCGAACGGCAAGACCGUGGACCUCGUCGGCGUGAAGUGGGCGACCGCCAUUGUGGCUGGCCUGGCUCUCGUGUCGUCCGCUAUCGUGUCUGGCCUGGGUCACCAGAACGCCGCUGCCCACGUCGCGGCCAAUGCGCUUUCGCUCUUUGGCUACUUCCAAGCGCAGGCUAUGCUCGGUCUCACGGGUGUCCCACUUCCGCCGGUCGUCAUGGCCUGGACCCAGGAUUUCCAAUGGAGUAUGGGCAUUAUCCGGGUCGGCUUCAUGCAGGAUAUUUUCACUUGGUACCAGCGAGCCACAGGCGGCACCCCAUCGACCAUCUUUGACUCGUUGACCACGGUUUCCGUCCAGGUAGAGAAGCGCGCGAUCGACAUCGGCAUGGGCAUCGCCAGACGCUCGCUCGCGAUGAUGCCCACGACCAUUUCGGAGCCCAUGUCAAACUUCAUGAAGCGCGAGCUCAUCAAGCGGGGCAACAUCCAGACGAGCUCUGGGAGCUACAUCGUGUACGGCAUCCAGCGUGCGGCGUUCCGCGCCGGCAUCGAGUCGACCAACCUGUUCAUGACCGGCCUCAUUUUCUUCUGUCUGCUCGUCGCCAUCACGUGCGGCGCGGUGGCUGCGUUUAAGGGACUGCUGGAGGUGGCCGUCAAGAAGAAGUGGAUGCCCAGUGAGCGGUUCCUCGAGUUCCGCAACGGCUGGCUCACGGUGCUCAAGGGCAUCCUGUUCCGUCUCACUCUGAUCGGCUUCCCGCAAAUGUCGAUUCUCUGCCUCUGGGAGUUCACCCAAAAGGACUCGGCGGCCGAGGUCGUCCUGGCCGUCUUCUUCCUCUUCGGCAUGGCCAUCACCCUCGGCUGGGCGUCCUUCAAGGUGAUCAUGAUCGCCCGUCGCUCCGUCAUGAUGCACCACAACCCCGCGUACAUCCUGUUCUCGGACCCCCAGGCUCUCAACAAGUGGGGUUUCCUCUACGUCCAGUUCCGCGCCUCGGCCUACUACUUCAUCGUCCCUGUGCUCGGCUACGUGCUGGUCAAGGCCAUGUUUGUCGCGUUCGCCCAGGACCGGGGCACCGUGCAGGCGGUCGGCUUCCUCAUCAUCGAGGCUGGUGCGCUGAUCGCCGCCAGUGUGAUCCGGCCGUGGAUGGACAAGAAGACCAACUCGUUCAACAUCGCCAUCUGCGCCAUGAACUUCCUCAACACCAUUUUCCUGAUGAUCUUCACCGAGGUCUUCAACCAACCGCCUCUGGUCACGGGUGUCGUCGGUGUUGUGCUGUGGAUUGCCAACGCCGUCUUUGCCCUGAUCCUACUGCUCAUGCUGAUUGUCAGCACGAUCUUUGUUUUCUUCCGCGAGAACCCCGACGGCCGCUACCAGAUCAUGGCCGACGACCGGACCUCGUUCAUGAAGUCGCAAACCCACCUCACGCAGACCACCGAACUCGACGCCCUCGCGGCCACGGCCCGCGGUGACAAGGCCGGGUUCAAGAACGGUCUCGACCUCGACGAUGACGCCGAGUCCAUCACGUCGGAUUCUAUGCGCCACCAGACCGAGCGCUUGGGCGUGCCCUCAGGCCACAGUUCAUCGGGCGGCUUCAACAACACGCGUCCCGCGUCCCCGGCGAUGCCGCUAUUCCCGGCCGAAGGGCCCAAGAGCCCCCCACGGUACCACGACCGACCUGCGAGUCCGUUUGGUGCCCAGCGGCCCGCCAGCCCCUUCGGUGCACAUAACCGACCCGCAAGUCCGUUCGGUGCGCAGAACCGGCCGGCCAGCCCGUUCGGGAACUCCAACCAGGGGCCGGCUUUCCGGGCACAGAACAACUCUAGGUGA